GCAUGCCGGGAAUGCCGACGCCCAAGAUGGCGGCAGGAUUGAAAAGUUGUUGCCGCGGCGGCAGCGCCUCUUCCCCUCGCUGAGGUUCCGGCUCGGCCAUGGCGGCUCACUGAAGGCGGAGCGGGGCGGACCCGGGCGGGGAGAUGGCUCCGGGCCCCGCCUGAGACAUGGAGGAGGAAGGCAAGCGGGGCAAGAAGCCUGGGAUAGUGUCCCCUUUCAAGCGUGUCUUCCUGAAAGGCGAAAAGGGCCGGGAUAAGAAGGCGCAGGAGAAGGUGACGGAGAGGCGGCCGCUGCAUUCGGUGUCUCUCUCCUUGCCCGACCGGGUGGAGCCGGACGUCCUCUUGAACGACUACAUUGAAAAGGAAGUGAAGUAUUUAGGACAAUUGAUGUCUGUCCCUGGGUACCUGAAUCCUUCCAGCCGUACCGUACUGCAUUUAAUAGACAAUGCAAAGUGCAGAGCACAUCAGCUUCCCGGGCAGCUGACCCCAGAGCACGACGCGGUGAUCAGUUUGUCAGCCUACAACAUCAAGCUGGUGUGGCGAGACGGCGAAGACAUCAUCCUCAGGGUCCCCAUCCACGACAUCGCGUCCGUUUCGUACAUCCGGGACGACUCCUCACAUCUAGUGGUGUUGAAAACAGCUCAGGACCCCGGGAUUUCCCCUAGCCAGAGUCUUAGCGCCGAAACCUCGAAAGCUCUGACUUCGGGAUCGCUCUCGGAGAGCGGAGUGGUACCCGUCGAAGCUUGCUGCCUGGUGGUCCUGGCGACGGAGAACAAAGUAACGGCAGAGGAGCUCUGCUCUCUUCUCAGCCAAGUCUUCCAUAUUGUUUACACAGAGUCCACUAUAGACUUCCUAGACAGAGCAAUAUUCGACGGGGCCUCCACGCCAACCCGGCAUCUGUCCCUGCACAGCGAUGACUCUUCUACGAAAGUGGACGUUAAAGAUGCUUACGAAACAGAGGCGAGCACUAUGUGACUCUUUCCGGAGUCCUUGGAGACCAGCGGCAACUCCCCCUCUUCCUUCACAACGCAGCCGUCUCCGCACCCCAAGACAGCGAGCGAGAGCGAGCUGAGCACCACGGCCACAGAGCUGCUUCAGGACUACAUGAUGACGCUGCGAACAAAACUCUCCUCUCACGAGAUCCAGCAGUUUGCCAUGCUUUUGCACGAAUACCGCAACGGGGCCUCCAUCCAAGAGUUCUGCAUCAGCCUGCGGCAGCUUUACGGGGACAGCAGGAAAUUCCUUCUUUUAGGCCUUAGACCCUUCAUUCCCGAGAAGGACAGCCAGUACUUUGAGAACUUCCUGGAAACCCUUGGCGUGAAGGAUGGCCGGGGCAUCAUCACUGACAGCUUUGAGUACCGGCGGACGGUGAGCUCCGCCUCCAACUCCACAACCAAUGGCAACGGAGCCACCGGGAGCUCGGAUGACCAGUCGGGUCCCUCGGAGGGGGACGAAUGGGACCGCAUGAUCUCGGACAUCAGCAAUGACAUCGAGGCUCUUGGCUGCAGCAUGGACCACGACUCUUCCUGAAAUGCAGAGGUCAGGAGAGGACAGCAGCAACUCUCGGGCACAGCCGCAGCCCCGCAGCACGGGGGAGCGGGGUC